AUGAAGCCGCCCGGCAGCAGCUCCCUGCGGCAGCCUGGCUGCGACGGCCGCCGCCGCCCCGCGCUCCUGCCGCUCCUCGGCCACCUCGUCUCGCUGCUCCUGCUCCUCCAUGGCUCCUCCUGCCCCCGGGCCCGCGCGGCCGCAGCGGCCGCCGGCCUGCACUGGAAUGAAACAGCAAGCGGUAUAGAGGAAGUACUGGCAGAUGAAGAGAAUACAUUUCAACAGAGUAACAGCAGUAACAGUAAAAAUAACAGCUACAGCAAUGCAAUCCAGAAAGAAAUCACACUGCCUUCAAGACUAAUCUAUUACAUCAACAGAGACUCUGAGACUCCUUACCAUAUCCUGGAUACCAGGGCAAGGCACCAGCAAAAACAUGACAAGGCUGUACAUCUGGCCCAGGCAAGUUUCCAGAUUGAGGCCUUUGGCUCUAAAUUUAUCCUUGACCUCACAUUGAAUAAUGACUUAUUAUCUUCCAAUUAUGUGGAGAUUCACUAUGAAGAUGGAAAACCAAAAUUUUCUAAGGGGGGAGAACAUUGUUACUACCAUGGAAAUAUCAGAGGUGUGAAGGAUUCCAAAGUUGCUCUUUCAACUUGUAAUGGACUUCAUGGCAUGUUUGAAGAUAGUAGUUAUUUGUACUUGAUAGAACCGAUGGAUCUGACCCACAGUGCAGAAAGUAAAAGUAGGCCACAUAUCAUCCAAAGAACUUACGGAACACAAGCUUCCAAGCAGUUGCAGGACCUCGAGACUGACUCUAGUUCUGAAUGGCCCUUUCUGUCUGAACUGCAGUGGCUGAGGAGAAGGAGAAGAAAGAGAGCAUUAUCUCGUGGUGUCUUUGAAGAAAUGAAAUAUCUGGAACUCAUGAUAGUCAAUGACCAUAAAAUGUUCAAAAGGCACCGUUCUUCAACUGCAUACACAAACAAUUUUGCAAAGUCUGUGGUAAAUCUUGUAGAUGCUAUAUACAAAGAACAGCUGAACACCAGGGUGGUUCUCGUUGCUGUGGAGACUUGGACAGACAGAGAUCGCAUUAAUAUUCACCCUGACCCUCUGCAGAUGCUCCACGAUUUCUCCAAGUACCGGCAGCACUACAUCAAGCAGCAUGCUGAUGCUGUGCACCUGCUCUCGAAUGUGACAUUUCAUUACAAAAGGAGCAGCUUAAGUUACUUUGGAGGUGUUUGCUCUGUGGCCAGAGGAGUAGGAGUGAAUGAGUAUGGCCUCCCUUUGCCCAUGGCCCAGGAACUAGCACAGAGUCUUGCUCAGAAUCUUGGAAUACAAUGGGAGCCAGCUGCCAGGAAACCGAAGUGUGACUGCACUGAAUCCUGGGGUGGUUGCAUCAUGGAGGAAACAGGGGUAUACCAUUCCAGGAAAUUCUCCAAAUGCAGCAUUGCAGAAUACAAAGAAUUUUUACUUCGUGGGGGAGGUGCCUGUCUUUUUAACAGGCCAACAAAGCUCUUUGAAGUCACUGAGUGUGGAAAUGGAUAUGUAGAAGCAGGAGAAGAAUGUGAUUGCGGUUUCCGAAUGGAAUGCUAUGCAGACUGCUGUAAGAAAUGCUCUCUUUCCAAUGGAGCUCAUUGUAGUGAUGGACCCUGCUGUAAUACAUCAUGUCUCUUUUUCCCACGAGGUUAUGACUGUCGAUACGCAGUGAAUGAGUGUGACAUUGCAGAGUUCUGCACUGGGGAUUCUGGACAGUGUCCACCAAAUCUUCAUAAACAAGAUGGGUAUGCCUGUGAUUCUAAUCAGGGUCGUUGCUAUAAUGGUGAAUGCAAGACAAGAGAUAAUCAGUGCAAAUAUAUCUGGGGAUCUAAGUCUUCAGGAUCUGACAAAUUUUGUUAUGAAAAGCUUAAUACAGAAGGCACAACAAAAGGAAACUGUGGGAAGGAUGGAGACCGAUGGAUUCAGUGCAGCAAACAUGAUGUUUUCUGUGGCUUUUUGCUCUGUACUAAUCUUACUAGAGUUCCACGAGUUGGUCAAGUUCAAGGAGAAAUUAUCCCAAAUUCUUUUUAUCAUCAAGGACGCAUAGUGGACUGCAGUGGUGCUCAUGUUCUCUUAGAUGAUGAUACAGAUUUAGGUUAUGUGGAGGAUGGAGCUCCAUGUGGACCUCAGAUGAUGUGUCUGGACAAAAAGUGCCUGCCAAUUCAGUCCUUGAACAUAAGCAGCUGUCCCAUUGGUUCCAAUGGAAAAGUCUGUUCUGGUCAUGGGGUUUGUAGUAAUGAAGCCACUUGCAUUUGUAAUUUCUCCUGGGCUGGGACAGACUGCAGCAUUGAUGAUCCUGUCAGGGAUACUGGUGGCAAGAAGGAUGAAGGACCCAAGGAAAUGUCAAAAAACGAAGGUUCGAUCCAACUCAACAAGGCCCUAUCUGAAGAAAUGCCAUUCAAAAAGCUGCUUCUUGCACUACUGGAUUUUGGGUAUGAGGUCUUUGCUGUAGCUACACAGGAACUAAAUCAGUAUGGAAGAACACGAGAACAGUAACCAUAAACACAAAGUUGGGAUGUUGGGAUGUGAGUUGGUAGAACAUUGUCCUCUUUGGAGAUAAGUUGGAAAUACUUCCUCUAUUCACCUUCCUCCUGUUAACAUUAACUGACAAGUGGUACAAGCAAACUGCUUCAAAAAUCAGGUGUUUUUUUCCUUUUCUCAAAUUACAAAGGAGACACACAGACCAAGUGCAAUAAGAGAACUGUUCCAAAAUAAUGGAAUUGCAAAAGAUUCUUUCCCAGCCUGCUGGCACUCUAACUUCACUUGAGUUCGCAUGACUUCCUUUUUCUUAUCAAACUCCAGUGGCAUGAGGAGCUAAUUUUGAAAGGGUAACCUGCAUGGCUCACAUACAAACAACCAAGCUAGCAAGCUGACCCCAAGCAGAAUGUGCAGCCCGAUAAAUACAAACCACUGGGAAGCCAGUGCCAGGCUUCAAUAGCUUUUCCAGCCAAGCAGUGCAUUCUGCUGCUGGACUUAAGGGUUCCCUGCACCUUGAGCUCACUGUCUACCUUGGACAGGAGCCUGUUGGGUAUGGAAGCUAGUAAAUGAUGGAUGGAAUUCUUCCAAGAAGGAAAAAGUGUAAAUAUGGAAAUAAGAUUUUGAUGCAUCAUUUUCACAGAUUAUAUAUAAAUAUAUAUAUAUGAGAGAAAAGAAUUCCCAUAUAAAAAGGUUCUAUUCUUUAUGUAAAUCUAUUUUUGAUGUUGGGUUUGGUUUUGGGUUUUUUUUCCUCCCCAUUUUUUCUGUAGCAUGUUGUACAGCAGAUGUUCUGGGCUUGCUCAAAAAAGGCAGAUAACAGCAUGCAGAUGCAGGGAGUUCUGACACCAAACAGAUGUGAUCUAAAGUUUGUAUGCUUGAAACCAAAAACAAUUAAAAUGUAUAAAUGCAUAUCUAUGUAUUGACUAUAAGUCUGAAUUACUUUUUUUGGCUGUUAUACAGACUUUUCCAUUAUAUAAGUAACACACUCUCAAACAAAUCACAGAAGUGCCAAGCUCUUUUUUUUUUUUCUUUUAAGAAAGGCUACUUUUUUUUCCUGCCUAGAUUCUGUAAAAUAAAAACUUAAAUAAGCCUUAAAAUACUCAAAAGAAGUUAAAGCUUGGAAUGAGUUAUUCUUGCCUUGCCUUCUACCCAUCCAUUUGAAGCAGCUUGCAAUGGUGAUUGACUGACCUUUUUUAACUCACUCCCUGUAUCUCUUUGAUGCAUGUCACUUUUCAAAGUUUAAUGCAAGAUUAAUACUUUGACCAUUGGCUACUGGUAGCCAGUUACCAUCACAUGUGCAAAAUCCCAGGUAAUUUCAGGUGUGUUGUCAUUACUUUUAGAGACACCUUCUGUACAAACACAGAUUUUUAGACAGCAGUCCUGGGCAGCAGUCCUGUGUCCCUAGGAACCAGGCUCACCUGGCUGCAACUGCCUUGAGAAAGGUUUGUGAAGAGGUCUAGUUUAGGGCUCCCUUAAAGUACAGAGCUGAACAGUCUAGCUCAUCCUUUUAAUCUUGACUUAAAACUUAAAUCAUUUGGUAAGUGAAAUAACUGAAAAUUUAAUUGCUGUGUCUGCUGAUAAUUAAUCAAAGACUUUUGUAAUUUUGCAUCUAAUUUAAAAGUUGUAGCUUAGUAACAACAGAAGCCCAGUUACACUACUUCUGGCAUCUUUGUUCAGAGGACAUCCAUUUCCCAAGUUAGCUUUAAAAGCCAAAACAUUAAAAAAUGCUGCAGACAUUUUCCUGUGAGUUAUAAAACCUGAUUUCAGUUAUUUUUCUUAUUAUGAUAACGUUCAAUUCCAUAGUCUCAAUGUAUUGGUUUUGAUUCAUAGUUAUUAAAUAUUUUCAAUCAGCUUUAACAUAAUCACAUUUACACUUACUACAUUAUAAGUUAAAGGUGCUGCACACAGGUAGUUGACAUUAAUAGAAAUUAUAAACCUUAUUCUAAAAGUUUUCUGCUUGGCUUUAAUCAGAAUCAAAUAGUGACAUUUCUCUAUUGACAAACCAAAAAUACUUGCAACUCUAUUAUGGUUCCCUAAAAAUGCUUUGAUUGGGAACACAAUUCUAACUUUUUUCAGGUUCUGCUUCCAAAGCAGGCAUAACCCACAACAGAAACACCAGUGGUAU